CACCAACACCACCCCUCCUCACUCUCGACCGUCGUGUUGAACUCUUAUAUAAUUUACUUCUCCUCGGCACCUCCUCUUUCCCGCCCGGACUCGUCCUCCUCGUCGACUCCCGCUCGCGCCCUUUCGCUCUCCUCGGCGCGCCGCUUCUUCGCCUUCCUUCACUCUAUGUUUUGACGCUGUGGAGCCUGGUGGCCCCCGAAAGCUGCGCGAAUGUAUAGCAUGAUGAUGGAGACGGACAUGCACUCCCCCGGCGGAGCCCAGGUCACCACCAACCUCUCGGGCCAAACCGGAGCCGGGGGAGGAGGAGGAGGAGGCGGCGGCGGGGGCCCCAAGGCCAACCAAGACCGGGUCAAGAGGCCCAUGAACGCUUUCAUGGUUUGGUCGCGGGGCCAGCGCCGGAAGAUGGCCCAGGAAAACCCCAAGAUGCACAACUCGGAGAUCUCCAAGCGCCUGGGCGCCGAGUGGAAAGUCAUGUCGGAGGCCGAGAAGAGACCCUUCAUCGACGAGGCCAAGCGGCUGCGGGCGCUGCACAUGAAGGAGCACCCGGAUUAUAAAUACCGGCCCAGGAGGAAGACCAAGACUCUCCUAAAGAAGGACAAGUACUCGCUGGCCGGAGGGCUGCUGGGCGCUGGCGGCCCCGGCGGAGGCCCUCCGGUGUCCAUGGGAGUCGGCGUGAACCCGGCCGGCGUGGGCCAGCGCUUGGAGAGCCCCGGCGGUGGCGGCCCCGGCGGCGGGGGAGGCGGCGGAGGAGGCGGCGGGGGCUAUCCGCACAUGAACGGCUGGGCCAACGGCGCGUACCCGGGCUCGGUGGCUGCGGCGGCGGCUGCGGCGGCGAUGAUGCAGGAGGCGCAGCUCGCCUACAGCCAGCACCCGGGCGGCGGCGCCCACCCGCACGCCCACGCGCACCAUCCGCACCCGCACAACCCGCAGCCCAUGCACCGCUACGACAUGGGCGCCCUCCAGUACAGCCCCAUCUCCAACUCGCAGGGCUACAUGAGCGCCUCGCCGUCGGCCUACGGGGGCAUCUCCUACGGCGCGCAACCCCACCAGAACUCGGCGGCCGCUGCGGCGGCUGCAGCCGCGGCAGCGGCGGCCGCCUCGUCCGGGGCGCUGGGCGCGCUCGGCUCCCUCGUCAAGUCCGAGCCCAGCGUGAGCCCGCCCGUCACCUCGGCGCACUCGAGGGCCCCGUGCCCUGGGGACCUGCGAGAGAUGAUCAGUAUGUACUUGCCCGGCGGAGAAGGAGGGGAGGCGGCGGCAGCCGCUGCCGCGGCCGCCGCUGCCCAGAGCCGCCUGCACUCCUUGCCACAGCACUAUCAGAGCGCCAGCACGGGGGUCAACGGCACGGUGCCCUUGACGCACAUCUGAGCGAAGGGAAGGAAGGGCGCACGGACGGACGGACCAGCCAAGGGGCGCGGGGGACCAAUGGGGGGUGUCGCUCUCUCUCUCUCCUGGGAGCCCCCUCGUCCCCCUCGCCACUGCUGCCCAUCUUCCCAGACCCACCCCCCGCCACCCCCUUCCUUUUGUACAGAACAACAAGAAAGAGAGAGGAAAUGUUUUGAUGACGUUGUAAUAAGAAUAAUAAUAAUUAUAAUAAUAACAAAUAUUCCUAAUGGUGGGGAUAAUGAAGAGAGAAGGUAACAGAUUGCUCUAAUGCUGCCCCCCAGUCCCUCCCUCUCUACCCUAAGGACUAGUUUCUGAAACUGGGGGGGGGUUGGGUUGUUAUAUUUUCCUUCUGUUGUUGUUGGGUUUUAGACAAACCGUCUGUGUUUUAACUGAGAUUUUUUUUUUUGUACAGUAUUUAUCAUUCACCCGGGAGCCACAAUGCGUUUAUAUUUGCUAAAGCAGGGGGAGGGCAAAAAAGACAGACAGACAGAUAUAAUUAUAAUUGUUAAUUAUUCAAAGAUCUAGGCGAUGCCAACUUUUCUGCCACACAGAAGCACUAACUGGUCACUCUUUGAGCCGCUUCUUGUGAAGACUUUUUAUUGCCUAAGGAAAGCAAAGAUGUUGGGGAGAACUGUUCUCGUUUAUAACACAGUACCAAGGGAUGCAAAUCCAAAACCACGCUUAAACUCUUCUUCCUUUUGUAGUUAUUACGAAGCGGGGUUCUUUAUUUUUUCUUAUUUUGUUUAUUUAUAAAACAUUUUUAUUUUUUAUUUUUUUUGCGACCAGCAACAAUAUUCUGGAUUUUGUAAAUGUUUAUUACGUCUGCAUUUUUUUCCUUUUGUUAACUAUUUUUUUGUAUGUUUUUUUUCCUUGUAAAUGCAUUGUGGAAUAAUUUUAAUUAAUUUUAGGCGUUACAAGGGAAUUCAUAAAUGUGUAUAUAGUUUACUAAAAAAGGCGUUUCCGCUAAAAAGGAAAACAAAUAAAACUCUAAAGAUGCGUUCGAUUCUGAGUUAUAUCAAUUUCAAAGUGAAACUGCAACCAGUAAAUCCAAAAUGUACUAAUUCAUGGCAUGCCUUAAAAACUAGAGAUUGGAAAUUGACUAUAUGUAUAAAUAUAACGUGAAAUAUAAUAAGAUCAGCAACCACACAAAUCCCUAUUUGGGUUUAGACUUGUCACAGUUAUUGUGAUCGCGAACAACAUCAAAAAGGGGGAGAAAGUUUUUUUUAAAUGGUGUAGUUUUUGGAUAUUAUUUUAAUAUCUGUUGAGUAUUGUUAAGGAAGGCGACCGAUUAAAAUACUUUCCAUAGCA